AUGCUCAUGUACAAUCGGAUGAGAUUUUUUGAUGUUGGGACUAUACCCGUUGCCUUCGCCAUCUCCCUUGACAGCAAUAGACCGGAUAGCCACGGCUUCACGGGAACUCCUCGACGAGAAACCUUUAAACACGACAUUACAAUUUUGCAACGUAUUUCACGGAUGAGCUUUACGGAGUACGUCACAGCAUCUGGGCUUCUUCAAAAUAUCCAGGACAAGAUUCCAAGAGCCACAGCCUCAUGGGCCAAGAUCUAG